AUGCCCUCAACACAUCUGAACCUGCGGGAGGAUGAUGUGGUUCGCUUGGCUUUGGAAUUUCUUCAUAAUAGAGACCUACACAUUACACAGUUGUCCCUAGAAAGAGAGACGGGUGUUAUAAAUGGCAACUAUGCGGAUGAUGUCUUGUUUUUGAGACAACUUAUUUUGGAUGGUCAAUGGGAUGAUGUCCUCGAGUUUAUACAGCCCCUUAGCUCAUUAAAAGCGUUUGAAGUUGAUAAAUUUAAUUAUGCUAUACUACGACAUAAGUAUAUAGAACUUCUCUGUAUACGGUCAGAAAUAAAAGCGUAUAAUAAUGUAGAGAAUAUCGUCGAUGAGGUAGUUAAAGUUUUAGGUGAUUUAGAAAAAGUUGCUCCAUCUAAAGAAGAAUACUCCAAUUUAUGCCUAUUGUUAACUCUUCCGAGUAUCACAGAUCAUGCCCAAUUUAAGAAAUGGAAUCCCAGUAAUGCCAGAGUCCAGUGCUUUAGAGAGGUUUAUCCCCUUGUCGAGCAAUUUUUACCUUGCGAUAAGAAAUCUAGUGGUGUUCUACCAAAGUGUGCAAAGAAUGACAGACUAAUGCAAUUGCUUAUAAAAGGAAUUCUCUAUGAGUCAUGUGUUAACUAUUGCCAAGCUAAAGCCACUGGAUCCAAGGAAGCACAGUCAAAUGAAGUUAAGUUCUCUCGUUUAUUGGACGGUUCGGGUUUUGACGAGUCAGAUCUCAGUUUGCUCUCUUGGUUGCAAUCCAUACCGGCUGAAACUUUUAGUGUACCUUUUGAACAACGAAUGUUAGAUGUUGAUGUUGAGAAGUUGGAACGCCCUUCUCUUCACACCUCAUGGACUGAACACAUGCUCGUAACACCAAUCAAACCUCGCACAUUUCCUCACUUAGCUAUGCCCUUUAGAAGACCUAGAUCAGCUGCAGAUGCUAUGACUAGAUCCUUACGGCCAUUGCCAGAUGGAGCGCCGCGACAUCCAGCAGUUAUGGCUCUGUCGGCUAUUGAUUAUGGUCCCACAUCGUCAUACUUUGCCGGCUUUCAUCUUACUGGUAUACGAGGGAAUAAAAUAAUGAACACAUCAGUGGAUAGACUUUUCGACAUGAAAAAUAAUGACAAAAUGUAUUUGCUUAGUGAAAGUUUGAAUCCUAUAGACGAACAUACAAAAGCCGGUGGAGAAUCAAAGACUAAUGAGAGCAGUAUUGGUGCAUCUACAGCAACCACUCCGGAGCAUAAAAUCCAUGAUUAUUCUGUUUCUACAUCCGUGUCUACAGCAGCUGCUCAACGGCCUGCUCAAACACAGCCUGAAAAGCUACCACCACCUAACUCACUGCUAAUGCCAAAUGAAGGUGACUUUAGACGUGAACUACUUAAGGAAUAUCAAAUACAGAAGCAGCGAGAGUGUGAUGAUUAUUUAAGGAACCUGUGCUCAUCAGAACUGCGCCAGCAGAAACCUAUCGAACAAUCCAACGAACCGGAACCGACACCGACUACAGUCAAAUUCAAUCCAAAACCAACCCCAGAGCUAAACCAAAACAGUAACGAUGAAGUGCGUAUGAGGCUAAACGAGAUGACGGACACAAUAGAAGUGCAAGAUGCUCUAAAUCGAUAUAUGAGCGCUCUUUCUCUGGACGCCCCAUUCGGUCCCGCUUCGGCGCGCACAAUUUUCCGAAUGCAUUUUCCAUUGAUUGCACUCACCGCUCGAUGGAAUUCUAAAUUGUCUACGAUCGUCACAGUGUUUACUCUGGUGUGGUAUGCGAUAUUCUGA